AUGAGAGUUCAGAACUGGUGCCCUUCUCUUAUUGGCUGUUCAAUCGAGGCGAUAGAUAGCCUGACAAAUGACUUGGUCAAUCCACCAAUGAAUGCCGAGACUGGCCAAGAGCUGGAUCUGGGCGCAUUCGCUUACGGGUCACAUGACCUGACUACGCAUCAAACGCUUCGGCUUGCCGGCGUCGAGGCGUUGUUUGAGCUCGAGGCACGGCUCAGUUCCACUCGUCUGCCUACGUCAUUUGGUGGCUAUGGCCUCUCGAUGGUGUCUUGGCCACGUUUCGACGACGUUGCGGCGACGUCUUGA